UUUAGCAGUUUGUAAUGUGAUCCGUGCUGACGGUGGAGAGACUCCGCAGUCAUCCCGCAUCCUCCUCCCAUCACACCGGCACGGAGCGGCGGCGCUGAUGGAGCAGCCGUAACGGGACGAACCGGGCACCCGCCGGCACCGCCUGACAACACAAACACACACACGGACAUGAGGCUGACGCCGAGAAGAAGUGCGGCUGUUCAUUGCGCUCUGCGUCAGAUGGCUCGCUGGUUGAGGAGAUGAUGCACCCACGGGUGCCGCUGAAGGACUUUCUGGGGUGUUGAUCGUUUCUGCGGUUGAGCUUCAGAGUGAUGCUCAGCCCGCCCAGGUAGAGACAACAGGUUUGGUUCUUGCUUCUGUCAGCAAACCAAACGGAACCCGCAGCCGGACUGCGACAACAUGAACUCGAUGUUUUUCGCAGACGGUCUGCCCGGUCCGGUAUGCGGCGUCCCCAGCGGCUCGGGGGCGGUGACCAGCGCCCUCCGGAACGACCUGGGCUCCAACAUCCACGUGCUGAAGACCCUCAACCUGCGCUUCCGCUGCUUCUUGGCUAAAGUGCACGAGCUGGAGCGCAGGAACAAGCUGCUGGAGAGCCAGCUGCAGCAAGCCCUGCACCGCCCGCAGUACCGCGGGCGCGAGGUGGCCGUGCAGACCGACGGGCCCGGGUCCCGCCUGCCCGGCACCAUCUGGAGCUUCACACACGUCCGGAGGCAGGGGGAGCGCUUUGAGACCCUGCACGGGCCCGGAGUGACGUGGACGCACCCGGACGGAGUUGGGGUCCAGAUUGACACCAUCACGCCGGAAGUGAGGGCUCUGUACAACGUGCUGGCCAAAGUCAAGCGCGAGAGAGACGAGUACAGGAGAAGAUGGGAGGAGGAGUUGUCCAAACGGCAGAAGCUGGAGUCCAUGGUGGAAUCCCUGCAGCAGAGUGCUCAGGAGUCCUCGGACAUCCAGGAUGAGCUGCGUGAGAAGAUUGAGCGACUGAAGGCUGAACUUGUUGUCUUCAAGACGCUGAUGAGUGAUCGACAGCAAAUGUCUGAUCUGGACUCAAAGAUCCAGGAGAAAGCCCGGCGGGUUGACAUGGACAUCUGCAGGCGGAUUGACAUCACGGCCAAACUGUGCGACGUGGCUCAGCAACGCAACUCGGAGGACAUGUCAAAGAUGUUCAACGUCAAUCCAGCCAGAUCGCUCCCAGAGCGGGGCGCCGUAGCCUGCUGCAGGAGGAAAGAGCGCAAAGCCGUGUCUGAUGAUGACAGUUCAGAGAUGGAUGCCGAGCCCAGCCCGUCAGAGGAAGAGGUCCCUGGGUCGCUCAACAUCACUGAUGAAAUGAAACGCAUGCUCAGCCAGCUACAUUGUUCAGACAACUCCUCUGUUGCCAGGCGCGAGACGUUUGAAAUUGACGACGACUGCGACAGUCUGACGUGGGAGGAAACCGAGGAGACUCUGUUGCUUUGGGAGGAUUUCACAAACUACAACAUGCCGGGAACUGUCGCUUUGGCAACCUGUGCAGCCACCUGUGACGGCAACGGCGACGCUCCGGAUCCAGAUUCCCAGGAUGGAAGUCUCGGCAGCCUGAUUGAUGAAACCGAGUCACUAUUUAAAACCCGAGAGCAGGAGUAUCAGGAGACCAUCGGACAGAUUGAGAUGGAGUUGGCCACAGCAAAGAGUGACAUGAACCGACAUCUGCACGAGUACAUGGAGAUGUGCAGCAUGAAGAGAGGCCUGGACGUGCAGAUGGAGACCUGUCGGCGGAUGAUCAAAGGUAGCAGGAACUCUCCCUCGUUCAGCUCUGUGGCCAGCAGUGACUCAGGGAACACAGACGAGAUUCAGGACGAGAUCUCGGACAAAGACGCAGAGGCUGAAGUGGCUGUUAGCUGAUGGCUGCACUGCUGGGCUGCGUCCCAACUCCUCCCGCCUGUCCCUUUGUUGCCACAGGCAGUGAAUGCGUAAAGAGCUCCGCCCUGCUUGAGAGGUGGUCCAAACUAAACCCAGACCUGUUCCAGCUCAAGCUCUGAUGGUCAUCAUCAUUGAUCCAGGAUCAGAACUGGUGCUUUUAUAGUGUUUUUAUGUUUGGGGUGGUUUUACUUCACAAACAAAUGGGUGCAUAUGGAGUCUAAGCUGUGCUCCUUUUCUCACUGCUGCCUUGCCAAAUCCUCAGACAUAUCCAGGG